UCCCAGGGUGCCCCGCGGGGAGGCGCAUGCGCGCUGGGCUCUCUGUCUCGGCUGCGAAGGAAGGCGCUGCCCCCAGCAGCUCUCGCUGCCUCCUGCCCAGCGCUGGCCGGAGCGGAGCCGAGCGGCGCCCGGAGUGGCGUGAGAAGUGUGUGUCUGCCAGUCGGGGGAUUUGUCUGUGCCUAGCGCUGGAACUGCUCCUCAGGUUUGGGCACGUUUCAUUACUCUGGGCCUGACGUACGCCCUUGAUGGGGAUGGUUUGAAGUUGGGUGAACUACGUGCUCUGGCUCGGCUCGCUUUGGAAAAUGGCAGCAGCACUGGGUGCCGGAAGCGGUUCUGCUGGGGCACCUGGGCUCCCCAAUUCCGUGCCAGGGCAUGUGGCCCUGCCCGCAGUGGCAGUAUGGGAAUGGCAGGAUGAGUUCGGCAGGUGGAGGCCAUACAGAGGGAGCGUGUGCAGCUUUAUUGAACAGGCUCUCCAGGCCCCUGCACAGAAGGGGAGACGAUCAGGAACUGGGCUGGCCAGCAGCAGUAUCCCGUUGGGGCAGGCAGAUGCCAUGCUCGCCCCUUAUGUCAUCGACAUACCAAGCCUGAUGCAGUUCCGACAGGACACAGGAACCAUGCGAUCCGUCCGCAGACACCUCUUCGCUCAAGACUCUGCGGCCGGGCAGGGCAUCGUGUGGGAGUGGCAGAAUGACGAAGGUGGGUGGUCUCCAUAUGAGAUGAAGGUCUGUGUGUUCCUGGAGCAAGCCUUCACGCAUGGCCUUCAGCAUGUAGACCUGAGCUCCUUGGGCUACAACUACAACAUUGAUUUCAUAUCGCUGGUCCAGACCAACAAGACCUCCAGGUUUCGACGAGGUAUUCAGAGGCGCAUGGACACCCCGUAUCCAGUGACCACGGCCUUGGGGCCCCUUCACGUGGCAGUGGCUUGUUCUUGUCAACAGUGCUUGUUGAAUAGCGGAACUGGUCCUAUCACCAUGCGCUAUCGGCACUCCAUGAUAAACCUCCCCAGUUCAUCGGCUAUGCCACAGGUUUCCAGUCGGACAGCUGCACUAAGCUCUUCUGGGCUCGGCUUUGUGCCCUAUAACAAACCGACCUUGUCUGGAGCCAGGUCAACGCCGAGACUCAAUACACAGAGUGCAUGGGCACUGCCUCAAUCUGUGGGAGCUGGAGGCCCGAGCCCAGGGCUGUCAGCGUCUAACGGAGUCAGCAUCAACAACCAGUGCAGCAAGUCACCUGGAAGGUCGAAUGCCUUUGCUGUAUCUCCAGCUGUACUUUGUGUCCAAAAUCUGCCGGUUGAGAUGCCUAAGCCCAGCAAAGUGAACCAAGCUUUGGCAGGCAUGACGGCUAUGCUGAUGUCAGCCACUGGACUUCCCGUGCGUCUGACCUGUGCGCCACAACCUGCCAGCACCCGUAGAGCCACUAAAAAACACAGCUCAGUUAAGGAAGGGAGGAAAGUGUCCAAGAAAGGUGGAAUCAUAACGUCGAUUGUGCAAAUGUUUCCCUUUGCAGGCUGGUGGAAGAGCCUGAUCGCGUCUAUGAUGGACACGGUUACUGUGACCCCAAGCGAGCCCGAGCGGGUGGUGAGGAAAUACUUGGAAGAGCUGAGAGGAGCCCCUGCUGAUGAGGACUGUAUGAUCUGUAUGGAAAAGCUGGCAUUGCCUUCUGGCUACAGCGAUGCCUGUGAGGGCAAGACAAUCAAGCCGGAAGCGGUGGGGCAACUGACCAAAUGCCAGCACACUUUCCACCUGCUCUGUGUGCUGGCCAUGUACGCCAAUGGAAACCAGGAUGGCAGCCUGCAGUGCCCCUCCUGUAAAACCAUCUAUGGUGAAAAGACUGGCACUCAGCCAAAAGGGAAGAUGGAGAUUUCGACUUUCACUCAAUCCCUUCCCGGCCACCAGGACUGCGGGACAAUACAGAUCGUGUACUCCAUUAUCAGGGGAAUUCAGGGGCCGGAGCACCCCAAUCCAGGGAUGCCAUACACAGCCAGAGGUUUUCCCCGGUACUGUUACCUUCCCGAUAACGAGAAGGGCAGAAAGGUCCUGGAUCUAUUGAGGGUGGCCUGGAAAAGGCGCCUGAUUUUCACCGUGGGCACUUCCAGCACAACCGGCGAGAGCAACACAGUGGUGUGGAAUGAGAUUCACCACAAGACGGAGAUGGACACCAAUCUCAGCGGCCACGGCUACCCCGACCCCAACUACCUGGACAAUGUGCUGGCAGAGCUGGCAGCUCAGGGCGUCACCGAGGCCUGCUUGAGACAGUGACUCGCGUCAUGUCUGUGCAAUGCACAGCGAAUGCCUACUCAAGCCUCUGGAGGGCGGCUAGUGCACUUAUACCUGUUGCCUUAAGGUCCUGUCUCUAAUCACUUGUCAUGUUCUGAGCAAUAACACUGUAUUUGGGAAUCGUGUUCUGUACAGUCUGGUUUCUGGAGAGCAGGUUAUUUUUGUAUAAGCCCAGGGUCCUGAUCUUGGUGUCUCAGGCAUGAUACCGGAGCACUCCUGCAACUAGGGCAUGCCUGGAAUGUGCUCCCUAGGUGGCUGAUCAACUCGCUUCUCCGUGUACUUUUGCAGCGCUCGAGUGGUCCCAGCCCUGCUCCCUCGCUGUGUAAAGGGACGUCUUGCUGGCUCUGGAUCAGCAACGAAAUGUCCGUACUCCUCUGGCUAACACCCCGAAGCUCUGCUCAGCUGAGUGCCUCCUCCUCCUCCCCCCCCCCCCCCGUCCCCGGGUAGCUGAUUUAAUACCUAUGCCUUUGUGCUGUGCUCCUAAUAAACGCUGCAUUGCUCUGGA